AUGGAAGAAAACAAAGUGCAUUUUAGGCAUUUAAUGCUUUUCUUUUACCGGAAGGGCAAAAAUGCCACACAAGUGGCAAACAAGAUAUGCGCUGUUUAUGGCGAAGGUGCUGUAGCUGAAAGAACUCUGUGGAAGUGGUUUGCUAGGUUUAAAGCUGAUGAUUUCAACCUUAAAGAUCAAAAACGCCCGGGUAGGCCCUCCACCACAGAUGAAGAUCAGAUUAAAAUACCGAUCGAGAAGAACCCACGCUAUACAACACGUAAAUUAGCAGAAAUGUUAAAUAUGUCAAAAUUCACCAUCCACGAGCAUUUUGUGAAGCUUGGCUACAUAAACCGUUUUGAUGUAUGGGUUUCCCAUGAUUUAGCGGAGAAAAAUCUGAUGGAUCGCAUUUCCAUUUGCGACUCGCUCUAUAAACGCAACGAAUCUUGGGGAAAGCGGAAUGAACCACUUUUAGCUACCCCAAAAGCUGGUCUUCAUCCAAAGAAGGUCAUGCUCUGUGUCUGGUGGGAUUGGAAAGGGAUCCUGUAUUAUGAGCUUUUACCAAACAACGAGACGAUAAAUUCAGAGAAGUAUUGUUCUCAAUUAGACGAAUUAAAGACAGCAAUUGAACAAAAACGUCCAGAAAUAGCGAAUCGGAAGGGCGUCGUGUUUCAUCAGGACAAUGCACGGCCUCAUGUGUCUUUGAUAACUCGACAAAAGUUGUUGGAGCUCGAAUUGGGAUGUUCUACCCCAUCCACCAUAUUCACCAGACCUCGCGCCCUCUGA